AUGAAGCACACGUACUCCCUGUCCGCCGCCCUCGCCGCCACUUUCUCCCUCACCCUUGCUCAGUCCGCCGCACCACCUACCAUCCCGACUUGCGGCGUAAAUAACCUCUGCGGCAAGGAUACACCCUGCUGCUCGCAAUAUGGUCAAUGUGGUGUAGGAGCCUACUGUCUAGGCGGCUGCGACCCACGCUACAGCUACGACCUGCAAUCCUGCGUUGCGGCGCCCGUCUGCAAAAGCUCCGACUACAAACUCACCUCCCUCGACGAUGUUCAGCAGAACAAUGUCUAUCUGGGAGACUCGAGCAACACGAACUGGGUGUCCUCGGGAACACCGGUGGUUUAUAAUAACCAGGCUGUCCUUCUCACUAUGGCGCCUGAUACCGUGGGCACGCUGUUGAUGAGUACGCAUUACGUGUGGUAUGGACAGAUUAGUGCGACGAUGACGACGAGUCAGGGAGCGGGAGUGGUGACGGCGUUCAUUCUGAUGAGCGAUGUGCAUGAUGAGAUUGAUUUCGAGUUUGUUGGGGUGGAUCUGGAGCAUGCGCAGAGUAAUUAUUAUUUCCAGGGGAUCACCGAUUAUGACAACGAGCAGAACUUGACUGUGUCGAACACGGUUUCGAACACGCACACCUAUAUGGUUGACUGGCAGCCUGAUGCGCUAACAUGGUACAUCGACGGCAAGGCCAUGCGUACCAAGAACCGUAACGAGACCUGGAACGCCACAACGCAGCAAUACCACUACCCUCAAUCACCCUCCCGUGUCCAGCUCUCCCUCUGGCCAGCCGGCCUGUCCAAGAACGGUCAAGGCACAAUCGACUGGUCGGGAGGCCUGGUAGACUGGAGCAGCCCCUACAUGCAGAACGGGUACUACUACGCCAGCGUGUCAGAGGUCAAAGUAAACUGCUACAACCCACCUAGCGGUUUCGCCAACAAUAAUGGCAAUAAAGCGUACUACUACGAUAGCACGUUCGGUACAAACGACACCGUCUGCACAGGCAACAACAACACAGUCCUCGCCUCCUUCUUCGCCACAGGCGACAACAUGAAGGAAGAUCCCAACGCCUCCGCCUCCGCUUCAGCCAAGACCUCCGCCGCCACGGCCUCGGCUACUCCACAGACCGUGCCCGGUAUCGCGGGAGGUGGAAACGCAGGUAAUGCGGGCUCGACCACGGAUACCUCGUCUGGUAGUUCGGGCAGUGGGAAUAACCCCGGGACGAAUGGCGAUACGGGUUCGGGAUCGAAUCAGGGCGGUGGGAAUACGCAGUUCUCGCAGGGUGUCACGCAGGGGUCGAGUUCUAGUCAGGCGGCGCCGGGGACGAAGGUGACGACUGGGAGUGCGAUUGCGUUGGUGGGGUUUUUUGUGGCGUGUUUGAUGCUUUGA